AUGAUCAAACCACUUCCAGCCUUCGCAUGUCUGAUGUGGUGUCAGACGAAUGUCCAGGCACGAGCAGACAGCCAGACAAGCAUGCCUGCGUGCAUUUCCUUCUCGACAUCAUGGGCAUCCAUGCCCAUCUCAUGGACAGUGAUGCAAUUUGGUGUAAUCACAUCAUUCGCCGCGCCAGCAUCCUGGAAUCCACACCCUGGGCGGCGACCUCGAGCUCCAUCAGUCGCCAAGACUUGUUUCAAUCAUCGCAAAUCUGCAUCACCCAGCUGCGUUGUCUGUGUCGCAGGCUCUGCACGCAAGCAUCACGAUGUCGCAAGAUUUGAGUUGCUCGUCUUCAUACCUCACGGUUUCUACCUCUUUAGAUUGUAA